AUGUUCUCUCCAAAAACUCUCGUCGGAUCCACAGCAACAUUGUCCGGUCACAUCAAGACCCCCGUACUUAAUAUGGCCAAGACCACCUGUGAGGUAGAUACGAACGACUCUUGGACUAUAAAGAUGAUUGUCACCACGAUCGAAAUCAUUCACGAUAAAAUUAGUUGGAUCAAGCAGGCCAUUUCGACACCUUGGGUUUCAGAAGUCAUCGAACUACUCUUUGACGAGCUUGACCUGCUCAAGGAAUUAUUCUUAAUCAUACAAAAUAUAAAAAAGGACAACCCCAAAUUCCUGGGGCCACAAAACCUUGGAUUCUCAAUUAUCAAAUGCGGCGAUUUACUGAAGGAGCUUGGUGGCGAUUUUAUAGACUCUUCCAAUAAUAUUUUCGAAUACAUCACAAAAAUCCAGAAGUAUAGGGACGAUCUCAUACACAUAUUGUGUAACGAAGGCUUUCCAACAACAGCACCCAAUGGGUACUCAAAUUUGUUGAUGCUGCUGACUGGAGUGGAAGAUAUUUCCGUGUACCAGGGCAGGUGA